UUUUUUCCUUUUCCUUUGUAGGAAAAUAGUUUCGGAAUAUGAGAAGACGAUUGCUCAGAUGAUAGGCAAGCCUGAGGAUGAGCAGAGGGAGAAGUCUGUGUCCCAUCAUACUGUUCAACAGCUGAUCGUGGAGAAGGAACAAGCUUUAGCAGAUCUGAACUCAGUGGAGAAAUCCCUGGCAGAUCUCUUCAGGAGAUACGAAAAAAUGAAAGAGGUCUUGGAGGGGUUUCGGAAGAAUGAAGAAGUGUUAAAGAAAUGUGCACAAGAGUAUUUAUCACGAGUAAAGAAAGAAGAACAGAGGUAUCAAGCUCUCAAAAUUCACGCUGAAGAAAAACUGGACAGAGCCAACGCUGAAAUUGCACAAGUGAGAGGGAAGGCUCAGCAGGAGCAGGCCGCGUACCAGGCCAGCCUUCGCAAGGAGCAGCUCAAGGUGGAUGCGUUGGAAAGGACACUGGAACAAAAG